AUGUGUAACAAACAAUGGAAGUUGAAUGAAUAUUUAACUUAUAUACUUUUAACAUUAGUACUUUUAUCGUCUUGGACAGACAUAAAUGGUAUAUUUACUGAACUACCACAAAUCAUUUUAACACAACCGGAAGGUUGGAAAUUGGGUAGUCAUAUUGGACUUGUUGCUAGUAUAAGUAAUAUUGCACCAUUGGCGCUUAUUUUUUGUAAAUGUACUUUUCGAAAACGAUCUCUCAAUGUAAUACCAAUCAAUUAUAUUGUUAUUUUUAUUGGUAUGGUAUCAUGCUUUCUUCUCAUUUUCUUUUGGUCAAAUACAACUUAUAUUUUCAAUCGUAAUCGUAGUGUAACUCUUCUUAUUCUUACCUUCUUUCUAGCAUUACUUGAUUGUACGGCAAUGGUUACAUUUUCACACUAUACAACACGUUUUCGAACUGAAUUUACAAGUGCUCUUUUUCUGGGUGAAAGUCUUACUAUGAUUAUUCCAAGUCUUCUGGCUAUUGUACAAGGUAAUGGACAACUUACAUGUGUUUCUUCAGCUAAUAACAAUAUUAUAUUGAACGUUUCCACUAUUGCCAUUUAUAAAACAGCACGAUUUUCGGUUUCAGUCUAUUUUCUUUGUAUUUUUCUUAUAUUGGUAACGUCAUUUAUUGCAUUCGUGCUUCUACAAUGGACUAAAAUUGCUCAGAAUAGUACUCAAGAUACCACUAAAGAAUCUAUGAUGUUAGAAACUAAUGAUGCAAAUACAUUAGACAUUGUAAUUGAUUCCGAUACCACUAUCAAAUCAUCACGACAUAAAUUAACACCUCUGUUCUAUAUACUGCUCUUAUUGGGAUCCUUUUACACAAGUUCAAUUAUAUUUGGAAUGGUUUUCUCUAUUUCAGCUUACGUUCUUAUGCCGUAUGGUCAUCAAAUUUUUUAUUUGGGUACAAUUCUUUCUCCAUGGAUGCUUGCACUUACAUGGUUAUUGGGUACAAUUAAAUCAUUUGUCAUUAAACGUUAUUUGUUAAUUAUGAUCAUACUAGGAUCGAUUAUAUUUAGUUUUGAUUUGAUAUUAUCAUUGAAAAGUCCCUGUCCGCCAUUGUUGAAUACCAUGAAAGGUAAUGUUCUUGUUCUUAUUAUUUGGUUAAGUACAUUUAUUCUUCUUGGUUAUCCUCGUCUCGUCAUUGCCAAUUAUGUCCGUAUUCACUCGACAAAUGGAAUGUUCUGGUUUGGUGCUAAUGUACAGUUAGGUGCAUUGAUAGGUUCUAUCAUUGCUUAUCUUAUGAUUGAAACAUUCUCACUAUUUAAAGAAAAAUUACCAUGUGAAAAAGUUCAAUGUUAA